AAAGGAAUCAACUCAAUGAUCAUCAUAGACGAAAGGAAAGAAAACAAAGAGGAGCAACAGCUGCCGGUUAAAGACACCAGUGUCAAGCUGGCAGGCCAAGAAAAAAAUCCAGAGGUUCAGCCUGGGGUCCAGCACCAGGAGAAGCAGGUGAAUGGUGACGGCCCCUUAGACUCUCCCGCCAAUGACAAACCGGUGCGAGCCGAGCUGGACUGGACGGUCCCCAUGUGUGUGCACCUGCCCAUUGAAGUUCUGAACCCUGACCAGGCUUUUCCAUUCCUGAACACAACACUUGCUGACCUGGGCAUUGAAGAAUCAGCGGUGAAGGAGCGCGUGGUGUGGGUGGACACUAAGCGCACACGGGUGAAGGGGAAGUCAGGGAAGCUGAAGAAGGAGAAGGAAAUGACCGUUCUGGAGGUUCGUGUGAAAGCGCAGCAUCCCGGAGAACGUCAGAGUCAGGAGAUUCUCUACAGCACCGAGUCCCACACCGACCGAUCCUUCUGCAGAAGCGGGGUGGACAUCCUUCCGUGGAGACACACACAACCAGCGGAAAAUGAACUCCAGCCGGUGGAGAUGACUCUGGCCUCGGACACAGUGUCACAGUCCAAGUCCAAAUGGCAGAAGACAGAAGAAAAACAAGACUUGCCAAGCGUGGAGUGA